GAGCAAUCGAAGGGUCGUGCAGUAGGCGGAGAGCGGGCUGGGACGACGGCAGGGGGCGGAGCUAGGAUGAGGAAUUGGAAGCUGAUUUGGUUGCGGGGAAGGGAUGUGGUGGAGGAGGAGAAAGCUACUCUUUUAAUUUGUGACUAUAAUAAUUUUUUUUUUUUUACUUUAUUGUGAAUAUGAGUUGAAAAUGGUAGAAGAUUAAAAUUUAUUUUAUUUAUUAUUUUUUAAUUGCCACGUCAUUGAGUUAACGAUCAACUUUGAGGGUUGACUGUCACAUCAGACAAAUUUAACAGAGUUGGACGGAGAGUGACCAAACUUGAACCAUUUGACUAAUUUGAGUGACCAAGAUUGGAUUUAAAUAUUUCCAGUGACCAAACAUGAACGUUUUUUGUAAUCUCGGUGACCAACCAUGCAAUUAACCCUGGAAUUUUAAUACAACAAUUGAGGACGGCAAGCGUCAAUGUACACUGUUGUUAUCUCAUAAUCGAUCUCCAACUAAAUCUAUGUAUCGUCAUAUUUCACAAAUAGCGCAUCAAAGUAUAUUUACGAUCGAAAUAUAUUACGAACACAUGAUCUAAGUAGCAACGACGAUCACUAGCAAGAAAUUAAUUAUGGUUAUCUGCGGGAUUCGGUGCAAGUCAAAGGGUAAUACACAAAAACAAACCCUUCAUCAGUUUCAAGUUUGACUUAAAAAUCUGUAUAUUAAUUGAGCAAUAAAAUCACGCACCUGCACAAACCAUAUAUUCUCCCCAAUGGUUAAUCUCCAUAGCUGGUACAGUGCAUGGCUUCAUCUUGGAUUUUCAUCCAACACUUUGCAUUCGGUUUUCGCAGCAGUUGUUCAUGCACUGCAUGGCCCAUAAAAAAGGUUACCAAAAUCCAAUUUCAGAUUCUUAUUGACAGACAAAAAACCGUUACUUAAGCAAAGUGGGACAAAUUAAAAAAGUUAUGAUGAGUUACGUAGUACUAUUCUAUUUGAAAAAUUAUAAUCUAGCAACCCGUUACUCUUUUAUAUCUUUCACCUUUUGUUGAAACCUUACCGCUCUUAUAGUUCAGAAAGACAUGCUUAACCUUACGCGCUUAGGAGUGCUUUGGUGUUAGGCAACGUCAAAUCGCGCCUCGCCUAGCUAGGAGUUUCGCACAGCGAAUUAAGUAUCUAAUACGCAUCGACGGUGUAAGGCGACACGUUGGGAGAUAUGAAUCGCUAAAAUGUUGAAGUUAGUGAGAAUAUAUGAAGCAUAAUUAUAACACGUAUUCGAAUGACUUUGUACAUAUACUUAAAAUACCAAACAUAUUACCCUCUUUGUGGUGAGAAUUCACCCAAAUUAUUAAUUGAAUUUUUUCUUGUCAAACCAAUUCAUAACCAAUUGAGUACCCCACAAAUAAUAUGUUAUUUUGUCAAAAAGGGGAAGAAAAAAAAAGUCCAUGCAAAAACAUGGAUUGGCCUCCUCAGCAUAGUAAAUGAUUUUUAACCUCUUCCCAACCUUGAUAAUUUUGUAACCGCCGUUACUCCCUCCAUAUAAACCCCAUUCACAAAAUCUUCACUUCAAACCCCACCAAAGCCAAAAAUACAAGAAGAUUAGUAAGCUAAUUAUGCUCAACUUUAGCCAUUAGAGCCCCAAACCCCUCCUAGUAAUGAUGAUCCUGCUCUUCAUUUUCCUUCUACUAUUAUCCCACCUCAGCCAGACUCAUGUCCUCGCUUCCUCCGCCAUUGCCACAAUCGAUCAACACCCCUGCCUCUUCACUGCAGUUGCUGCAACAGCAGCAACCAGCAGUGAAAACGGAUCACCACCACCAGCAGGAUACGCACCCUGCUUUUUCUGGUGGUGGUGGUGGCUGCACCACCACAAACACCAUCGCUACUUCUUCCUCCUCCCGCCACUUUAUAGUGAUGCUCCGGCUCCUUCACCGGUCAGCAUGACUUCACCCACUCCAAACCGGUUUAACUUGAUUAGUCCGGUUCAACCAAAUUUCCAACAACUUCCACCACCACCGCCAACUCAGCCGUCUCCCACCUCCGCUCCUCCCGUCCCUACACCGCUGCUCCCUAAACACCCUCCUCCCCACCAUCACGCGCCACCACCGCGUGGGAUGAUCACUUCUCCUCCUCGUCAUCGCCACCACCGUCUUUUCCCGAUCUUCACGCAGCCACCAAGUCAUGCACCGUCAGCUCCCCCAUCGCAGCCUCCAAUCAUCUCGCCGCCGCCCCAUCGCCACCACCAUCACCACCGCCACCACCGUUUUACGAAAUCCCCGGCGGUGCCACCAAUGAGUCAGACGCCAGGUAAGCCGCAGAGUCCUGCUCCAGCAUCAAGUCCGAGGUCCCCACCGACGGAGCCGCCGUCGCCGCAGCUUGCCCGCACGGGCAUCACCAUCGUAUUCAGUUCCCCCCGCCGGCGAGUGAAUAUUCUUAUCUUCGGGGAACCGCUGUGCCCGAGAUCUAAGUGAUGUAAUGAGAAAAAAAAAUGAUUAUGUUUAUCUUGUGUUGUUGCGAAGCGGCCAAAUUAUGUGCUUUCGAGAUUAAUGUAACAAAAUGUUAGCCGGGGAAAGCAAAUUGGCAAGCUCAAUUAUGUGAAAUUGAUUUGGAAUUUUGAUUAAACAAAUAGGUCCCCCAAAUCGGAGUGUUUAAAGGGCGCUCCAACUUUUUUUCAUAAACAAACUGGGCUGUUUAAACCCUGAUAACGUCAUAUGGUAUAACAAGUUUGACAAAGUGGCCUCUACUACAAUAAUAACAUGGGACCCAAUAGGCAGAGAAUGACCGAGGUUUGCCAAAUAGUCAGCGACAGACAUUCGAUCCCUUGUAUACGUGAUUGAUACGAACAUGCCAAUUUCGAGCAAGCCAUCGACGAAUCUCUGAAAACAUGAGUGGUAAAAAAACUAAAACACCAAACUAAAAUAGGGAACGACUAAACAAUCCAUAACAUGGGACCCCAUUAGGCAAAGAAUGACCGAGGUUAGCGGACUAGUCGGCGACGACAUUCGCUCCCUUGUACACGUGAUUGAUAUGUAUGAACAUGCCAAUCUCGAGCAAACCAUCGACGUAUCUCUGUACACCUGGGUGAUAACAAACUAAAACAGGGAACGACUGAAUAUUCCAUAAACAUACUACAAGUAACAAAAUGAGCUUGGUAUUAAUUGUCAAAUAAUGAGGGAAUGAGACUAUAAUUGGGAGGAAUAAAAUAACAUUAACUUAUAUUUCAGUACAUACCGAUCUCAAUCCCAUAAUUUCUAAUGCUAAAUAACACUUGAAAUUCAAUCACAAUCUCAUAAAAUAAUACUUGUAUUCUAUAAUAUCAAAUAUCAACAAAUUAACUAAAAUGCC